AACUUUAAACAUAUGGUGUCCGUGCCAAUACUAACCUUCACAUGUCAACUCGAGCUAGACUGCAAAUAUAGCAGUAUUUUUUUGGCUAGGCAGCGCAUCUUGUCUAUUGCCGACAGCGCCUAGUGCAUCGGCGUUAGUCAGUUCGAUUAGCCCGAGAUAGACAAAACUACUUUAUCCCUAUGGCAAUAAAAGGUCCCGUGUGCGGCAUCGACAACUGCCGGUCAAGACGCUAUGAAGAAGGCGAGGAUGCACAUCUUUAUUGCCAGAACGGACAUCAGCAAGCCGGUGUAGUACACGGGCAAGACGACGACGACUACAGAACAGCCUCCCGGACAGUCACACGCAAAAAGAGAGAGGUGGAAGAAGAUGACAGGACAACCAGCAAGAUUCCCAAAGGCACACAGGCUUUUGAUCUUUACUUGAAGUGUCUGCAGCUCAUAUUGCGCCACCAAAUAUGGUUCCUGGUGCAACAUAAAGGACUGCCUGCAGAACUCGAAACGGUCGUUUACGACCUCUGGGCAUUACGUAUCGCUCAGCUCGAAAACAGAAUCGCCUCCAACGAAAAUUCAAAUGCGGAUUCGCAGCCCCAAUCACAGACUUUCAGCACUCUAGAGAGCGAAGAUGAUGUCACGGAUACUGAGAAAAGUCAUAUCCAUGGCGUAAAGAGAAAACGAGGCAAGGUCCUGUCUACUGCUCCGAAUCUCAACGAUUGUCUCUUACUGUGCUAUCUUGGUAUCAAAACAUUGAGAUUACCCAUCACGCCGGGCGAUAUUCACGCAUGGGUCACGGAUAACAAGUUGCCUUAUUGGAGAGCUAUUAAGUUGGUGCCACUUCCUAUGAGAGACCGGCUACUACCUGUGUAUCGCGCGGUCCUCGACCCAAGUGCACCAUUCACCUACACACGAUUCUACAGACUGCUGACAGAUCUGCAAAUAAGUUACGAUGCAGAUCACGGAAUCAUAUGGCCGUCCCUGAACGUUCCUUUACUCUUGUUUCGCUACCUCAAAGAGCUCGCUUUGCCAUUGGAACUGUAUGGUACAACGAGGCGUCUAGCAGAAUUGCUAAGUUAUGAUUUCGCCCCACACUACGACAACAAGAAACGAAUGGGCAUACGAUACAUUGCCGAAGCGCAGCUAGCUAGCUGCCUUAUCGUAUCCACCAAGCUGUUAUGUCCGUUCAGUCCAGAACAGCUUUACUGGAAGUUUGCGGCGGGAAAGACUGUGGCGGUGAUAAAUUGGGAUGUUUGGUGCAAAGAGAUGAGCGAAAAGGAGGCCAAACACCCGACAAAGAGCUCCUAUCAAAAGCUGUCCCUGCAUCAAGAAUUAGAUGUUGUCAAGUCAGUCCAUAGUAUGAUGGCAACAGUGCCAAAUACGGAAGAUGAAAGUGGGCAGGUUUUGAGGGCUGGACAAGCGUAUCCGAUUUGGGAGACACAAGAAGAUCUCCCUGAAGCGGCAAAUGUAUUCUACGAGAAGAUUGGAAGACUAGCGGGAUUGCCGAUGGAUAUGCUGUUGCUAGCAGUAAGAUUUACGGAGGCGAGGGUGGAGCAGUGGAGAAGGCAACAGGAGAAAAACAGUCAGCAGAAUUGAGAUGAUUCGUAGAGUAUUCUAAUCAAACCAUCAAAUAUUUUGCCCU